ACAUUUACUGUUUCGGAUCACACCUCGACUGUUGACAUUCAUCAUGGCGGCAUGUCGUCAGUGCUGUGUUGUGUCGUGCUUGUGUAACUGUUAGAUUAGGAAACUUGAAGCAACGAUCAAGCAUAAAAAAAGGCCAAAACACAAUCCGCACCCAGCACGCAUUGAAGACAUCUGAGGAUUCUGCCAAAUGACUUUAUUUCUACUGUAGCAAGCCAGCAUUCUAACUGACCAGUAUCUCCUGACUUGUAAUUUGCGUCACCAUAAACGUAUUUUUUCAUUUAUUGGUCACGCCUUUCUGCUGGUUUAAUAUUAUUCUUUUUAACGUUUUGUAGUUCUAUUUUCUAUUACUUUUGGACCUUCAUUGGUCUAUAUCUGUGUCGGGUUGGUUAUAUGCGAGUAAAUCACCCAAGAAGAAAAACGUUCUGUGAUACGUCAUUCUUAAGCCGAAGUUUUAAAAUACUUAGAUUAACAAGGUAGUGUAAUAAGAGACUAAGUAACGUAACUAAAGACUAUGUCCAAUAAUCCUCAGUGGAAAUCGUUCCAGCCGCCCCCCAUAAACUCGGACUCUUCCAUACUUGAUUACAAAACCAUGACUAUUAACAGCAACUCUAGCUUUCACAGCUCCCCCAAUGGGACGAGCUACUCCGGCAAUAACAGUCAGUACUCUGGGCUUCAGUCUAGCCCCAAAGAUAUACCCAACAACAUGUUUGCAAGCAAAGCUAGCUCAAGCAACAUGUACUCUGCCCAGUACAACAACCCAUAUCCCAGCCCUAACAAUUCUCGAGGCAGCAAUGGUGGUGGUGGUGGUAGCGGUAGUGGUGGAGGCAGUGGCGGUGGCGGUGGAAGAUUCCCCAUCGGCACAUUCUCGGUCAACGAUGGUGGCAGCAGCAAUGUGUACAAUGGGGAGGCAGUGUCCUCUCCGCCUUCAGGGAACGCUAACAACGCCAGCAACUCCAACUAUAACGACUCUGCUCUCAACAACCAAGGCACCAGAGAGACAGGCAUCAUAGAGAAACUUCUUCACUCGUACGGCUUCAUCCAGUGCUGCGAGAGGCAGGCACGGCUGUUCUUCCACUUCAGCCAGUUCAACGGCAACAUUGAGCACCUGAAGAUCGGUGACCCGGUUGAGUUUGAGAUGACGUAUGAUCGCAGGACCGGGAAGCCUAUUGCCAGUGCAGUUACGAAGAUUGCCCCUGAAGUGGUGUUGAGCGAGGAGCGCGUGACCGGCACGGUGACCACGGAGCUGAGGGCCGAGGGCUCGGGCGGAGACACGCAGGGUCGCAUCAGCUACGAGAACCGCGGUGAAUGCUUCUUCCUGCCCUACAACAAGGACGACGUGGAGGGCAAUGUCACCCUGCGUUCCGGUGACAAAGUCAGCUUCCAGAUCGCCACCAACCAGCGCAGCGGUAAUCUUGGGGCCUGCCACAUCAGACUGGAGAACCCCGCCCACCCCGUCAAGUACCAGGGCGUCAUCUGCUCCAUGAAGGAGAGCUUCGGCUUCAUCGAGCGGGCGGACGUCGUGAAGGAGAUCUUCUUCCACUUCUCCGAGGCCAAGUCCCUGAAGGACGAGCUGCGUCUGGGCGACGACGUGGAGUUCACCAUCCAGACCAGAAACGGGAAGGAGGUGGCGUGUGGCAUCACGCGUCUGGAGCCCGGCUCUGUGGUGUUUGAGGACGUGUGCUCAGAGGUGGUGAAGGGCCAAGUGUUGAAGCCCUUGGAGCGCACGCAGCAGGCCCGCCAACAGCACCAGAGUGACCCCCUGCCCGGCCGCAUCCGCUACCGUGCCCCUGACCACUCUGAGGUCGAGGUACCCUUCGGUGACAAGGACCAGCGCGGGGACUUCACUCUCAAGCACGGGGACUGGGUGCAGUUCCGCAUCGCCACGGACCGGCGCGACCAGCUGCAGAGGGCCACCAACAUCUCGCUGCUGGAGGAGAGCUUCAGCGUGUCCGGGGAGCGGCGCGAGCAGGGCGCGGUGGUCGCCCUGAAGGAGGGCUUCGGCUUCAUCCGCUGUGCCGAGCGCGAGUCCCGCCUCUUCUUCCACUUCAACGAGGUGCUGGAUGUGGACCGCGACAUCUGCCUCAACGACGAGGUUGAGUUCACCGUCGUCCAGGAGCAGACAUCGUUCUCCAACAGCCGACAGAGUGCCAUCCGCAUCAAGCACCUGCCCGCCGGGACGGUGCAGUUCGAGGUGAUGGUGGAGCGAGGGGUGUCUGGCGUGGUCAGCAAGGAGGGCCAGCUCCCGGGAGGCUGGAGCUCUCGCAGCCCCACCAAGAGCAGUAACCAGUCUCCUGCAAAUACGACUGAAAAGUCUGGUGAGCCCGGAGUUAUUCAGUAUCAAACAAAUGGCACAAAGAAGAGUUUAUUUUUUCUCCCCAAAGACUGUGAUCCAAAGAAUCUUCCUCGUGUAGGUGAUAAGGUUGAGUUCAACAUCUGCCAGGUGAAGAGGAGCAAGGAGUUGGUAGCAGUGGAUGUGAAGGUCGUGUCGAAGAGCACCACGAAGAACGGCGUCAGUCGUGCCAACAACCUGCCUUUGUACCAAGGCUUCAUUGCAGCCCUCAAGGAUGGAUUCGGCUUCAUAGAGACCGUCGCUCACGACCGAGAGGUGUUCUUCCACUUCAGCAACCUGGAGGGGGACAGCGAGAAGCUGGAGCUGGGCGAGGAGGUGGAGUACAACCUGGGCACGCGCGGCUCCUCGGGCAGCUGCAUGUCGGCGGAGAACGUGCGGGUGCUCCCCCGCGGGACCAUCGAUCUGCCCCCCGUGGAGGGCGAGGCGCUGGAGGGCACGGUGGUGCGCCCCCUGCGCAGCGUCAACCCCGACCAGAGCCAGUACGCCGGCCUCGUGCAGGCCGCCCCCAAGGAGGAUGAGGAGCAAGGGGCGGAGUACGAGUUUGGCAUCACCGGGCUGCAGAACAAGCGGGAGCUUCUGCAAGUCGGGGACCCGGUCACCUUCCAGGUCGACGCGUCGGGCAGGGCCGCCAACAUUGUGGCAGUGCGCAAGAAGAGGCGUGCCACUGUUGAUGCCGUCAAAGGUUUGUUUGGCUUCUUGGCGUACGAGGUGGACGAGGGCAAAAAGCUGUUCUUUCACAUGUCUGAGGUGAAGGACGGGGCCAGCCUCCAGCCGGGCGACCAGGUAGAGUUCGUGCUGGUGACCAACCAGAGGACUGGCAAGUCCUCGGCCUGCAACGUCACCAAAGUCAGCGAUGCGGCCAAGCAGGAGCGGCCGGAGCGCCUGAUCAGCCGCCUGCGCACCAUCUCCCUGGAGGAAGCCGGGCCUAAGUUAAUCUUGGUGCGCCAGCCCAAAGGGCCGGACGGCACCAAUGGUUUCCUGGAGGGCGUGCGUCAGCCACGGCUGCCGGGCGCGGUGCCCCCUGCGGAGUAGCAGCUCUUCCCGUCGUGUGCCUGUGUGAACACAUGCAAGACUUGUUACUCAUAGAAGCAUCAGGUAGUGCUGUAUUAUCCGUGGAGAACCUUGUGCAAACUAUGUAUCUAUAGCUUCCUUGGUUUGUGACGUCUUCACAAAAAAAAAAAUAAUGGGCCCCAACCUUUUGUGUAUGUAACUGCAUUUCAUUUUUUCGUUGUUGUGUUUUUACUGCUUUUGAGUUGCUGGAUGUGCAUUUCAUUGCUUACUAAAUCCUGAUCGCUCCAAGUUGAGAUGGAGAACAAAAUCACGACCACAACAUGGUACAUCAUCAUCGAAGCUGUUGCGCUCUUAACUUCUUGCAGGAAGUUAGGGAGAAGAAACACUUGUCAAAUAAUAAUGUUCAUUUCUGUGGAAAACCAAAUAUAAGAAAGGAAUAAAAUGGGGGAGGGAAGGAAACAAAAUAAUGUUAGCUUUAAAACAUAAGACUCAUACCGUUUAAUAAUGUAGGGUUAUUUUUUAGCACGGAGCUAAUCUUCGAAAAUGUCUCUCUUAGUUUUUGCAACAUAAGCGUUGGAAAGCGUAACUUGGUUUCACAUUCCGACAGCUCGAUUUUUACUCGCCUGGUGACUAAUUGGCUGGACUAUGAACGGAGAUAUUUGAGAUUUUUUUUCUAUUAUUGAAUGUUUAUCUUUUGCCGCGAGGAAGAAGGAAUUAUAAAAUUAUAGUACCCACAGCAACCAGUCAAACAUUUUUUAACUUUUGCAAAUUAUGCUAUGGAAUAUUUUAAAGUGUUUUAUAGUAGUGUUUUCAACUUGUAACCAAUAUGCUGCUACCAUAAUCCUGUAACCAGUUUUGCCUGUAACUGUCUGGCUCAAUAUGAACUGUUUGUAGGUUUCUUCUGGUUGUAACUUAGUCUGCUUGGGAGUUGCAUUAGCAUCAUUAUUACAUUAGUAAUACUACAGCUUUAGUGGUAUCGUUUUAGUUUUGUAUUAAUUUUCUAGCUGUGUGUGUAUAUAAGAGCUGUUCUGUCAGUGAUAUAAUAUAAAACUUACAAUUCCUUGUGAACUUAGAAAUAAAACGGUAAAAAUCUCAUUCUUCGUGAAAUAUUUGGUAUUUUCUGUGAUAUAAUUUGGGGGUAAAAGUAAGUUAAGGGUGAUAGUAUUACAUUUAUUUUAACAUGAUGUAAUUAAUUCACACUUGUUUCUGAAGCCUAGUAUGUUUUGUAACACUCACUGCCUUGUUAAGUCCUGAUUGGUUGGAAUAUUUCAUAAUGCUUAGUGAUAUUUGUUACAGUAGGUGCAAUCAUUGUAUGUUAUGAUGGAUGAUUGUUAAUUGUAUCUGUUUAGCGUGAAUGUGUGUGAGAUUGUUUGAAAUGUAUUAUUUGGAAAAAAAAGAUCAUAUAUUAAAUUAUUGGCUACUCUAUUAUUGGUUUGAAUUAAUAUUUUGUGACUUGCUGAAUCAACUUUGAUGUUAAAGAUUUAACUUUGAGCAUCAUCAAUUUGAUUGUGAAUUGUGAUGUAAAAGUUGUGAUGAAAUAGUGCUGUUAUGUAUCAAGUUGUUAUCAUUUUGAUGCAAACAUAAUGUGCUGUGGACUUAAGGGGAGAUAUUGGUAGCCAGUGACAGUGAGAGCUAUUAUUUUAGUUAUAAGUUCGAGCCAUGUUGAUGCCAAAUAAAAAUCUUUUUUAGAGGUAAUCUCUAUUGAAACUAAAACAUGGAUAAAUAGUACAUAUGUGGUUGAUGUGGGUACUUGACCUUUUUUUAUUUGAGUCUUUUUGUAAUGAUGUGCUGUCAUAUUUUUCUUCUAAUUGUAUUUCAUUUUGAAGUAUUUAAAAAUGUACAAAAAAAUAAUAAAUUGUACCAGAAUUAUAAGAAA